CAGCAGUUACCAGAGAUGGUAAGGAGGUUCAGCUCCACCCUCACUCUGAGGCAUUUUGUCGAGAGUUCCAGGUUGAAGGAAAGCUUCCUUGCUGCUGAAUCCUUGCUGUGCCAAAGCCCUGGAAGUCAUUUCUGGGUGAGGACCAUGUCCCUGUUUUCAUCUUCCCUUCUCCUGUGUCUGGUAACAGCAUCUUAUGCAGAGACCGUAACUGAGGGUGCCCCAAGCACCUGCCCUGUGAUUGCCUGUAGUUCUCCAGGCCUGAAUGGCUUACCCGGCAGAGAUGGACAUGACGGUGCCAAGGGAGAAAAGGGAGAACCAGGUCAAGGGAUCAGAGGCUUGCAAGGCCCUCCUGGAAAGGUAGGGCCUGCAGGACCCCAAGGGCUUCCAGGGUCAAAAGGAGCUGUGGGGCAGAAAGGAGACCGUGGAGAGAGAGUAGAAUAUGAUUCUAGCCAAAUUGAUUCAGAAAUCGAAGCCCUGAAAUCAGAGUUGGGACGCUUACGAAACUGGCUGGUCUUCGCUCUGGUUGAACGUGUUGGGAAGAAGUACUUCAUGAGCAGUCGUAAAAAGAUGAGCUUUGACAGAGCGAAGGCUCUGUGCUCCCAACUCCAGGGCUCUAUGGCCACCCCUAGGAACGACGAGGAAAACAAGGCCAUCCAGAACGUGGCCAGAGCUGAAGCCUUCUUGGGCAUAACAGAUAUGGAGAGGGAAGACAAUUUUGUGGAUCUGAAGGGAAACAGGGUGCAUUACACUAACUGGAAUGAUGGUGAGCCCAACAAUGUAAAUGGCGCUGAAGACUGUGUGGUGCUCUUGUUAAAUGGCAAGUGGAAUGACAUCUCUUGCAGAGAGUCCUUUUUGGCAGUCUGUGAAUUCUCUGACUGAGGGUGUUUGUUUGGCAGCCCUCCUCGAUGCUGUGCUGCUCUCCAUAAGUCCACAAUUUGUUCUGAAGUAUAAGAUAUGUGGAAACACAAACAAUUAAACAUUAGCUAUGCAAUUAAACUACAACACUUUUUGGAAUAGUAGUUUCUUGUGAAGGUGUAGAAAUAAAAAUGAGUUUAUCUUUCAUUUGUGACGAA